AUGAAACGGGGCGCUGUUAAGGAAGCACUGCUUCAGUCACGACAUCCAGCGACUAUGCCCUGCGUGCAGCCGCCGCGGAGCAAGUCGCUCGCAACACGUUUAAGCAUAACUCGUAUCGUCGCAACUGAUAGAAAGCUUUCGGAGCUUGAGGAACUUCACAAAAUUUUGCAGGAGAAAAGCUAUCCCUACGGGGCCCCGCCUCCACCAAAAAGCUAUCUCUUCGGGGGACUGGGUUGGGUUUUCGGAUUCGGCUGUGCCGUCGGUGGCCCGUUUCUCGGCAUUGGUGCAGGGUAUGCGCUUUCAGCACCAGGCGCUGUGGGCGGACUCGUUUUACCUCGACCGAUUGCCGUCUUUGGAGGUGGUUUCGGAGCUGGAGCUGUCUGCGGUAUCGGUUUCAGUGCCGGGCUUGUUACCGGUAUCGGAAACGGCUACGUUCCUAUUGGGUUCUGGGUACCAUUCCAGUUCGCACCGCGGUUUUUGCGUCUCGAAAAACUGCUUGAUCAGCUACUUCAGAAGUUUCAGAGCCGAUGA